UCACGGCGACCACUUUUUACUUAUUCGUUGUGAUUAUUUUAUUUUCUCGGCCGCGUAUCGAUCCCGUCCACGUACGACGUGUUUGGUUUUAUUUUGAAAAAACAAACAAAGUUAAUAAACUUUUCCUUUUUUAACGGAACAUAAACGUUCGACGAGUUUGACGUCACAUCCGUGUAGGAAGUCGAAUGCCAGCAGACGCGUGUGUUUUAGCUCCAAGGUGAGCUCGGUGCACGCAGGUGGAUCCGGACGUGUAAAGAUGUUUCGGGUCUCUCGGGCGGUUCAGGUGUGUGUCGGCCGGCGGCUGCGGACGGCUUUUGCCCCUCGGGUCCCCGCCGCGGCCUCUGCGGUCCGUGGGGGGUCGGUAGCGGGCUCGGGUCGGGGUCUGAUCCGGCAGCUCAGCAGCAGAGGCAGAGCAAGAGUCCGGAGCUGCACCGUAGACCCGGACCAGGAGGAACAGUUCGUGUUUCUGGACUGCACAGAUCCAGUGGAGGACCCCCAUCAGGAGGAGAAAGACCUGCUCCACCAGCUGAGCCUCCCCUCCUCUCCCCCUCCUGUCUCUCCUGAGAAGCUUCAGACCUCCCCUCAGAAACAGCUGAGGUCUCUGCAGCGCCAGAUGCAGGCGUUGAGGGGCGGGGCCCAGCAUGAGGGGGACCCCGGCUCUCUGAUCCAGUUCCAGGAUGUGGACUUCCCACCGGACGAAAACCUCAUGGCUGCAAAGACCAAGAAGAAGAAGAAGGCGGCAGGUAAAGGGGAGCACAAAGUCUUCGGGACUCCGGACGCAGACGAGCCGGUCAGCGACACCUGCUGCUCCGGCUGCGGGGCCGUGCUGCACUGCACCGCCGUCCAGGUCCCCGGGUACCUGCCCAGUGAGAAGUACAAGGCCCUGCUGCAGGAGGGGCGUCUGAGGGGAGCCACCUGCCAGCGCUGCCACCUGCUCACCCACCACCAGAAGGCCCUGAACCUGCAGUUGUCCAGAGACCAGUACCGGGCCGUGGUGCGGCAGAUCCGCCCCCGCCAGGCCCUGGUGCUGCUCAUCGUCGACCUGCUGGACCUCCCCGACUCCAUCGUCCCCGACCUGCGCGAGCUGGUGGGGGCCAACAAACACGUGGUCGUCCUCGGCAACAAGAUCGACCUGCUGCCCGGCGAUUCGCCCGGCUACCUGCGACGGGUCAAGCGGCAGCUCGCCCAGUACAGUCGGGAGGCCGGCUUCGGGGGCCAGGUCACCGACAUCCACCUCAUCAGUGCCAAGACCGGCUACGGCAUCGAGAGCUUGAUCUCCAGCCUGCAGAGGUCCUGGAAGUACAAAGGUGACGUGUACCUGGUGGGGAGCGCCAACGCGGGAAAGUCCACCCUCUUCAACACGCUGCUGGAGUCCGACUACUGCAAGUCCAGGGCCUCUGAUGUCAUCCACAAAGCCACCAUAUCACCGUGGCCCGGGACGACUCUGAACCUGCUGAAGUUUCCCAUCAUCAACCCGACUCCGUACAGGAUGUUCAGACGCCAGGAGCGACUGAACGAAGCGUCCCGGCAGACGGAGAGCGAGCUGUCGCAGGACGAGCUGAGGAGACUGAGGCAGUUCAGCAGGCAGGGCUACCUAGUGGGUCGUGUUGGCAGAACGUUCCGGUCCGACGUCAGAUCCAGACCCGACGAGGUCCAGUUUGAUCCCGACAGUUUGGCUUUCGGAGAACAUGAAGACGGAGAGACGACGGCGACAGGUCCCGGCAGCACGCCGCAGGAGUUGGCCUACAACGAGCUGAAGGACGCUCACUGGCUGUACGACACCCCGGGAAUCAUGAAGGAGGACGAUAUCCUGGGCUUGUUGAACGAACAGGAAGUGAGGUCGGUGGUUCCCACUCAGGCCGUCGUCCCGCGGACCUUUGUGCUGAAGCCCGGCAUGAGUCUGUUUGUGGGGGGUCUGGCCAGGAUCGACUUCCUGCAGGGACAAAAGUCCUGCUGGUUUUCCGUCGUGGCUUCCGGUCGGCUCCCGGUUCACAUCACCAGUCUGGAAAAAGCCGACAGUGUUUAUGAGAAACACGCAGGACACGUCCUGCUGGGGGUGCCCAUGGGAGGGGCGGAGCGAAUGAAGGAGUUCCCAGCGUUGGUUCCUCAGGAGUUCAGGUUGGAGGGUCGAGGUUACCUGGAGGCUGCUGCUGACAUCAGACUGUCGUCUGCAGGUUGGGUGGCUGUGACGGCGGUCGAAGGUGAUCAGGUUCUGUUGAGGGUUCACGGUCCAGAGGGAGCGGGUUUCGGUCUGAGGACGCCCCCGCUGCUUCCUCACGUCGUCUCUCUGAAAGGAGAACGCAUCCGAAAAUCCGCCGCCUACAAACUGAUGAAACCCCCGGGGCUGCUGGACAGUGGACUCUCGGCCAGAGGAGUCGAGAGGCUGCAGGUGAAGAAGAAGAAGAAGAAGAAAUGACCCUGCAGACAGGUGGACAUGCAGAGGGACAGGUAGGAGGAGCCUGUGUCCACUGGGAUGUUUGUCCAUCACACUGCUUCUUGUUUCUGCUGUCAGUUUUCUGACGUUGCCAACACCAGAGACAGAUGUGGACAGAGCAGACAGAUGUUUUUGCCUGAAUGAACACCAACACUCAGGACUCUGCAGGAGGUGGUUGGUUCAAGAUGGCCUCCGACCUCUGACUGACCUCUGACCCUGACCCCAGCAGGCUAGAUGAACCUGACCCUCUUCUCGCUGCGGCAACGUAAAAUAACACAGCCUGUUUCCGAGGACCUGUAACGUAACAUAAAUGAAACGCAACAUAAGACCCGUGGGACGUCCACUGUCACAGGACGGGACACGUUUUACCCGUUACAUAACCUCACAUACGUGAUGUACGCUAACGUGCAUCCAUCGUAAAAUCCACGGGAAACACCGGAAGAACGUAGUGCCGAAGACCCACGGGGUUCUACGUUGAACCGGGUUAAAGGUGAAGUUCUUGCUGUGGAUAAGAGAUUUUACCGAAUGUGGACAGAAAUAUUUAAUGUUUAUUUUUCUGCAUAUGAAACAACUGCGCAGCAACCGGCACAUUCAGAUACUUGUUUUGUUUUCCACUUGUGUUUAUGGCUUUGAAUGUGUGUUCUACUUUUACCAUUAAAGACAGAACGGACACAGAAACCAAUAAC